UCGUGAGAAUUGACAUGAAACGGCGAAACACGGGGAGCGUUUAGCCUCGUUGGGUUGAGAUUGACGCGAAGCUUUUGCACCGAGAGGACUUGCGAGGAAAAUAGAGACAGAGAGUGAUAACUCGUGAGUUCUUUCAAACAUUCGCGAAGAAUGGCGAACCACGACGAGUUAGUCUCGCAAUUCGCAGACGUAACUGGUGUUGAGGCCGAGAGAGCGCAAUUCUUCCUUGAGUCGUCCGCUUGGCAUCUCGAGGUUGCUCUCGCAAGUUUUUACGAGAACGACGAGGCGCCGGCGUUGGUGACUGAACCUGUUGAUGAUACAGAGGAAGCAGCAGGCUUUCAGGACAAUACCGCGGACACCAUGUCGGAGAACACGAAGUCUGACGCAGAAGAGUCCAAAGGUGCUAAGCCAAAGCCUAAAGUCUCCUUCGGAUCGUUGAGUGUUAUCAAAUACAAAGACAGCAGUUCUGACGAUGAGGAGGGACAAGCGUUCUAUGCUGGAGGUUCUGAACAUAGUGGACAGCAGGUUUUAGGGCCAGGAAAGAAGAAGAAGAAGGACAUUAUUAGUGACAUGUUCAAAUCCUGUCAGAGCCAGUCCCUCGCAGUAGAGCCAACAAAAAUGGGAGGGCAACAGAGGCCGAAUACGUUCAGUGGCACUGGCUAUAAAUUAGGUCAAACUAGUUCUGAUAGUGAAGUAGUAAUAGGAGCGGAUGCAGAUCAGCAAUCUUCUAGUGGUCUCGUUAUAUUGAAACUAUGGAAGGAUGGGUUUACCAUAAACGACAGCGAGAUUCGAUCGUACAGUGAGCCUGAAAAUAGAGAAUUUCUAGCAGCUGUCAAACGAGGCGAAGUCCCAGCAGAGAUUCGUCAACAGGUGCAGGGUGCUGAUUUGCGACUCGAUAUGGAGGAUCAUCGUCACGAAGCCUAUGUUCCGACGAAAGCCAAGGUGAAAGCCUUCUCCGGGAAAGGUCACAUGCUGGGCAGUCCAUCACCAGCUACUGUAGGUAUGACAGUUCCCGCGGACCCCGCUGACCAGGCUGCUAACGAGGCGCAGGCGAAGAAAGAACUGAAUGUAGACACUUCGCAGCCAACCACUACGAUACAAAUUCGUCUUGUAGAUGGUAGUACUGUAAGAGCCCAGUUCAAUCUGACGCAUACAGUCAGUGAUAUUAGACGAUACAUAAUAACUAUGAGACCCCAGUAUGCUUUGAGGGAUUUUAGUCUAUUAACCAUGUAUCCAACGAAGGAGCUUACCGAAGAUAAAACGAUUGAAGAGGCUGGUUUGCAAAGUUCGGCUAUAAUGCAACGACUGAAGUAAACUUUUUUCUAAAUUUCUUUAGUUCAAAAGAAAUGUAAGCGUCAGAUAUUUACCAAAUAUAUGUUAAACCACUUGAAAAUAAAGUUUCUAUGUAUUUUUAUUAGGAGUA